GCUCGCGCUCCCUCAGCGCCGCCAACCGCCGCUGCGCGCGCACCUGCCCUCGCUACGGGGUCUCCGCGGCCGCGCCCAGGGAGGGGCGGAAGUGAGGCGGGGCAGAGCGGGAUAGAGCGGCGGCGGCGCGCGGGGCAUGACGGGAAGGGCGGUCCUCCCAGGGCACCACGUGCGCUGCCCAUGCGGUGCGUUGGGGGGAGAGGGGGGUGGUGCGGGGUUUUAUGGCGUUGCCCCGUGGGCCUGGUGCGUGGCUGCGGGCAUCGCCGUGGCGUUUAUACGUGGAUCGAUGCGCAGCGCAAUGCCGGUACGCAUCUCCAGUGCUCUGGUAUUCAGCACAGCCCCCUUGCAUGGCUGCAGUGCGACCCCAGCGUACAGAGCAAUUGCACUGCACGGUCCCAUAGCGAUCCCCCAGCGCGUUUUGCAGCACCAAUGCAUAGCUCCGGUGCUCACCGCGGCCCCGGUGUGUGGCCUCAGUGCGUGGCAUGGCCCUGCUGUGCAGCCCUGCUGUGUGCUGCGCUCCUGCUGCGUGGUCUCGGUGCACAGCAGAGCCCCAGUGCAUGUCCCAGUGCACAGCACAGCCACAGAGCGCAGCUGCAGCGCUGACUGCAACCCCAGUGCACUGUCCAAUAUGCAGAACAGCCCUGGUGCGUGGUCCCAGUAUGUGGCAUGGCCACAGUGCGUGGCUCCAACAGAUAGAACAGCUCCAGUGCGUGGCUCCAGUGCCUGAUGUAACACUGGUGCUUGGCUCCAGUGCAUGGUGUAACCCUGAUGCACAGCCCAGCACAGCGUGCUGCACAGCACAGUGCAUAACCCCAACCCGUGGCACAGCACAGGGCACAGCCCCAGAACUGAACCCUCCCUCUGUGGCCCCUCUAAUGCAUCAGCCCAGCCCAGCUUUAACCCACGGUGGUGCUGCAGCUGCACACAGCACAGAGUACAACGCACAAUGCACGCUGCACAGUGCCACCCACACCCCAGCAGCUCUCCCCAAGCCCCCACACCUCUCAUCCACCCCCCUGCACCCAGCCCCACGCACGCACCACCCCUCGAUACCCUUUCACCCCAGAGGGGCCCCUGCAGGAUGUGCACACUCAGCUCUUUCCCAGCCCUGGCUAUUUAAAGCCGGACAGCACUGUGAGCCCUCUCCUCCCCCUGCAUUGCGAGCCCUUGGACUUUCUCCCAUAGCCAUGAGUGCCCGCUCAGCCACAGCUCCCAUCUUCACCGAGGGUGAGGACUGCAAGGCUGCAUGGCGGGAGGCUACAGCUGCCUACAAUGCCCCCGACACCCACCUGGAGAUCCUGGGGAAGCCGGUGAUGGAACGCUGGGAGACCCCCUAUAUGCAUUCGCUGGCAACCGUGGCUGCCUCCAGGGGUGGCCGUGUGCUGGAGGUGGGCUUUGGCAUGGCCAUUGCUGCCACCAAAGUGCAGGAGUUCAACAUCGAGGAGCAUUGGAUUGUGGAAUGCAACGACGGCGUGUUCCAGAGGCUGGAGGAGUGGGCACGGGUGCAGCCACACAAGGUGGUGCCACUGAAGGGGCUGUGGGAGGAUGUGGUGCCAACGCUGCCGGAUGGGCACUUCUCUGGAAUCCUAUACGACACCUACCCGCUGUCUGCACAGACCUGGCACACACACCAGUUUGCCUUCAUCAAGGACCAUGCCUUCCGCCUGCUGCGGCCCGGGGGGGUCCUCACCUACUGCAACCUCACCUCGUGGGGGGAGCUGCUGAAGGGCAAAUACAGCGACAUAGAGAAGAUGUUUGAGGAGACUCAGGUGGCACAGCUGCUGGAGGCUGGCUUCAGGAGGGAGAACAUCAGCACGGCAGUGAUGGAGUUGGUGCCCCCCCAGGAGUGCCGCUAUUACUCCUUCCCUCGGAUGAUCACCCCCCGUGUGGUGAAGCACUGAGCAAAGAGGUCCCUGCAGCUGCAAACCCGCAGUGCAGUGUUGAGCCAGAGGGGCUCACGCUGGCAUUUACUCUAAAAACACAAUUGUUUGUUAAACUGGGGGUCCGUUUCCAUGCAGAAGCCAAACGUGCCAGGCCAGGUGGGAGGAAUGGGAAAGAUGGGGGCAGUUUGAGGCACGUUUCUUAGAACUGGAUGAGUUUCCAGUGAAAGUUCCCUCAUAUUUUUGGCUAAUGCCUGUUUUAAUAAGCUCUGAUUCUUACCACCUCACACAGCUCAAUAGUGCAUAAAUGACGUCCCCCCUCUCUACCCAGAAGGGAUAAAAUCCAUUAAAUCAGACUGAAAUACA